AAUGGCCAGCGAUGAGAGUGGGAGUGCUCUGUCCGUGUGGAGGAGGAGCCCGGUGGAAGGAGACUGCAGAGGUCAAGCUUGGAAUAUUUUGUAUUUGUUCCUAAAAGCAAUAGGGAGUGACGGGAGUGACGGGAGCGCGCGUGUGAUACGAUCAGGCCUGCGCUUUAUGAAAAUCAAGUUGGUCUUCGGGCAGGCCCACCCCAGCAGCAGCUGUCCUCCCAUGGGGGCUGUGCUCCGGGGGGCGGGCGGGUCCGGGACGACUCCGAGGCUGGGCGGGGAAGGGGUCCUGCUGUGGCCAUCCGAGGAUGGAGAGAAGGCGGGGCAGGCAGAUCUGAGAUUCGUCCACAUAGAGCGGGGAGUUAAAACCAUGCGGGAGAGGCCACGAGAUCCCCAAGUGUGGAGGGGGCAGAGAGGAGGGCUCAGGCCAGUGGCGGGGUGUGGUCAGAAGGAGCGCUCACACAGGAAGGAGGAAAAGCAGGAGAGGUGUCCCGACACAAAUGCAGUGCUCCACACCGCUGCAAAAAGCCCAGCAAGUGUACCCUGCGGGCCAGCGUAUGCGGUAUUCCGCGCCCCUCGGGCCCCACUGCCGCUGGCCAGGUGUGGGAGGGCAACAACCAGCGAGACUCGGAGACCUCCCGGCAUCCUAGAGAGGCAGCGGAAGUGGCGGGCCAGCAUCCCUCCCUGCAAGGGCAGCCCAUGGGGGCGGGCGCUCGGGGGUGGGGCCGCACUUCCGGCCCCGCCAUCGUCCGACCGCUCUGGCCGCUCGCAGAGUUCCAGUUUUCUUUCCCUCCCUGCCCAAGAGGGCUGAAGAGGAAAAGCGAUGGCAGCUCCAUUCCUGACCUUCAGGUCUCAGGAGUUGGUGACAUUUGAGGAUGUGGCAGUAUAUUUCACUGAGGAGGAGUGGGACCGAUUACACCCUGCCCAGAGGACCCUCUACCGGGACGUGAUGCUGGAGAAUUACGUGAAUGUCACCUCUCUUGGGGUUCCCAUCUCCAAGCCUGAUGUCAUUUCCAAGCUGGAACAAGGGCAAAUGCCAUGGAUCACAGAUCUUCAAGGUUUAGAACCUGGAGAGGACCAGGCAACUUGGGCAGGGAAUCUUCUAUUUGACGAGAUGAUAAAAAGUGGAAAUGUCCCGUGGACAGCUGGAAAUAUGGAGCCCAAGUCCAAGUGAUGGCAUUAAGAUGGAGAAUGAGGAGGAGCCAAUCCCAAAGCCAGAAAUGUCUGAAGAAGUUGCAUCACAAUGGACUUUAUUGGCAGGAUUCCCAUGGGCCAUUCCUCAGGGGUUUGACUUUGGAGAUGUUUCUGCAUGUGCAAACAGGCUAGAAAGGCAGCCCAGUGAGCCAGGGAGUUGUACCCUAUCCCAAGAGAGAGGUUUCAGCCUUAUGGCUAUAAACCCCAACCAAGUCUCUAUAGAGCAGAGAGGCCAUGACUAUAGUGAUUAUAGGAGAAACUGUGGUCUGAGCUUCCCUUUACAUAUGGGACUGACAGUGCAGGAUUUCCCCGUUCCAUAUGAAGGAGCUCCUCCAGGAGGGAGAGCUCAGAGACAUGAUGAAUAUAAUCACAACUUUAGCCUGAAUCCCGAGUCUGUGAGACAGAGAAUCCAUAGUAGGGUAAAGCGUUAUGAAUGUAAUGAAUGUGGCAACGCCUUCAGUAAGACCUCAUAUCUUAUUGUCCAUCAAAGAUUUCAUAGUGGAGAGAAACCCUAUAAAUGUAAUGAAUGUGGGAAAGCCUUCAGUCAGACCUCCAACCUUAUUGUACACCAGAGGAUCCAUAGUGGAGAGAAACCUUAUGAAUGUAAUGAAUGUGGCAGGGCCUUCACAGCAAGGUCAGGCCUGAAGCAACAUCAGAGAAUCCAUAGUGGAGAGAAACCCUACAAAUGUAAUGAAUGCGGGAAAGCCUUCAAAGAGACCGCACACCUCAUUCAACACCAGAGAAUCCAUAGCGGAGAGAAACCCUAUAAGUGCAAUGACUGUGGGAAAGCCUUCAGCCAGAUCUCAUCCCUCAUUGGCCAUCAGAGAAUUCAUACUGGAGAGAAACCUUAUAAAUGCAAUGAAUGUGAAAAGAACUUUAGGUGUGCUUCACACCUUAUUCGACAUCAGAGAAUUCAUAGCGGAGAGGAACCUUAUAAGUGUAGUGAUUGUGGAAAAGCCUUCAACAAGAUUUCAACCUUUAUUCUUCAUCAGAGAAUUCAUAGUGGGGAGAAACCCUAUAAGUGUAAUGAAUGUGGCAAAAUCUUCAAGGGCACCACACAGCUUAUUCAACAUCAGAGAAUUCAUAGCGGAGAGAAGCCCUAUGAAUGUAAUGAAUGUGGGAAAGCUUUUACUCAGAUCUCAAACCUUAUUAUACAUCAGGGGAUUCACAGUGGAGAGAAACCAUAUAAAUGUAAUGAAUGUGGGAAAGCAUUCAGACUGCGCUCACAUUUUAUUACCCAUCAGAGAGUUCAUACUGGAGAAAAGCCCUAUGAAUGCAAUGAAUGUGGGAAAGCCUUCAGUCAGACCUCCAACCUUAUUGUACAUCAGAGAAUUCAUAGGGGAGAGAAGCCCUGCAAAUGUAAUGAAUGUGGGAAAGCCUUCAGAUGGAGCUCAGAGCUCAUUUUACAUAAAAGAAUUCAUUUUGGAGAGAAACCUUAUAAGUAUGAUGAACGUGAGAAAGCCUUCAAACAGAGCUCAGAGCUUAUUUCACAUGAGAAAAUUCACACUAAAGAGUAAUAGUGUGGGCCUAAUUGAUAUUAGGAAAGCUUCAGUCACUCUUGCAGCUUUUCAAGCCCCAGAAAAUUCACACUGGCUAGACUCCACAUAGUAUUAUAAAAAUAUUGAAGGUGAGCUUGUGUAUCCAUGAUUUGCUUUGUUUUACACCAAAACCAGUGUUAAUGUUGCCGAUUGGCCUUCAAUCAUGGCAGCUAGGGUUCAGUCCUUGCUGCUGCCACACUAUAGUUAAGGUCCUUGGAAGCUAUCACAAGCCUGGAUUUAAUGCAGUUACCUAUUGACUCAUUCUCCUGCCUCCAGGCUCUCCUUUUAAUUUUGUUAUUUUAAAAAAUCUCUUGCCUAAGGCUUUUGGAUUCGUUUUGCCAAGUCAUCAUCGCUUUGAUCAUGUCUUCUAGAACUGGCAGGUGGCACUGGAUCCCCCUGGGCCACCACCUACCCACCCAACUUUAUUUCUGGUUACUUCCAAAGACAAAUGCUUCGUUCAGGCUGUCUAGAGAAGCCCACACUAGAUCUACUGAGCUGGUGAGGCCCAAGGUUGCUUUAGAGACAGACAAAAUAUCAGGAGAAAGUUGUGAUUGAGCUAGAGCUCCAAAGUGGACGGGGACUAGAAGUGAAGAUGAUGUUGAGUUUGCUUUAGUCCAAGGACAGGAAAAGUAGCAAUUGACUUUUCCCUCUAGGAAUAAGCCACCAGUUCUGUAAUACUUUGAGCACUUUGAUAUAGAUUAUCUCUUGAAUUUCCCAAUAGUCCUGUGUGGUAGGUUCAAGAGUUGUUAACACUCAGUUUUACAAACAGACCCAGAGAGGACGCAACUUGUCUAUGGUUAUGUAGCUAGUGUCAAGCAAGAGUCAAACCUAUGUCUCUUCCUGCUUUCUCCUAGACUUGACUGGAGAGGAAAGAAGGCUUGAGUAGACCUCCCCUUUUAUUUUCUAGAGGAAUCCAGGGACUAAACGGGUAGGAGCAAGGAGAAUCAGUAGGAGCCAAGGUUUGGGGAUGGUACCUGCAGACUAAGGGGGUGUUGAACUUGAGCAGACCCUCUAAGAACCUAUCAUGCAAUGAGAUUAGCAGAAUUUACAUUCAAAAGAAUAUGAGUUCAAAUCCUGGCAACUUGUGUGACCUUGAGCAAAACCCCGCAGCUCUGGAGCCGUACUUGGCCUAGAUGGCUUCUGAGGCCUCUUCCCCUUUUAAAUCUAUGAGUCUGUAAUACUAGAGCUCUUCUUUUUCACAUUCUUUUUUUUUUUUAAAGAAUAUUUUUCCAUGAUUACAUGAUUCAUGAUUUUUUCUCCCCCCCCCCCCUUCUCCCUUCUCCCUUUCCCCUUUCUUCUCCCCUCCCGGAGCUGACAAGCAAUUCCACUGGGUUAUCCAUGUAUAGGUUCAAACCUAUUUCCAUGUUAUUCAUAUUUGCAGUAGAGCGAUCCUUUGACAUCCCCAUCUUCUUUUUGCAUUCUUGCCGUUGAGCUCUCACUGAAACCUGGGAUUGGAACCCAUCUGGUUUACUAGAGUAAUAUGAGCUGUAGUAGUUGCUGACGCUAUCUUUGUGAUACAGUUUGUCCUCCUAAUUUCCUCCUUUGUCCAAUUCACCUCUGGCUCCAGAUUUCCAAGUUGAUGUGGUGCUGUUCAGCUCCAUACUGAAUAAAGCCAGACCUCAGAGCCUGUCAUGGUAGCCAUUGAUGAUCUGGCCUCUGUCUACCUCUGAAACUACCACUUGGUACUACACAGAGGCCUGUGACUAGAAGAGAGAGUGACCAGAGGACUAGGGAAUGCGCUUCGUGUGGAUGUUUAGCUUGAAAAAGAACAAUUGGGGGCGGGGGACAAGGAAAACUUGUCAUAUAUUCAAAGGGUUACCUUGUGGAAGGAUUUCACUUGUUUUGCCUUGCCCCAAGGAACAGAACUAGGGGGGACAGAUGAGCAGCUUUAUCCUUGAUGUAAGGGAAGGCGACCCGGCAGUGGAAGGGCAUUGUCUGUGGGUGUCCCAGGAGUUAGGGGUUAGGUUUGUUGGCGGUGUCACAGAGAGGAUUCUUACUUAUUCCCAUUCUGGACUAGCGGCUUCCGAGUUCCCUGUUUCUGGGACAUUCCUCUUUGUGAACCCUCUGACCGAGUUGACCUAUAUGUGAUUCCCAAAGCGGAACUUGACCGUUUUUGGAGUAUGGUGUGGUGGAAAGGGUACUGGCCUUGGAGGCAGAAGGCCUGUUUUCAAAUCCCAUCCAGCGAGUGGCUUUCUAACAUUAAAUCACUUCACCUCUCAGCCUCAGUCUCCUCAUCAGUAAAAGAGGGAUUAGAAGAACCCAACCUGCCUUAAUCGGUGAUGAUUUGGGAGCCUGUGAAAAAUGCUUUGUAAACUUGAAAGCAUGAUACAACUGGAAGCUAUUUGAAUUCCCAUCUCUGUGCCUUUGCCCAUGCAUACCAUUUCUCCUACCCAAAUGCCUUUUCCUUUUUAUUCAGCUUAUUUAGAUUCUACCAUUCAAGGAUUCCUCCAUUAAUCUUCCCCAACACUCCUACAUUUAAUAUCCUCUUACUGCGGGCAAGUAGUAUGUCACCUGUCACUCAUGGUCUUCAGGCAGAGGCUGUGUGUUGAGGACAUUGUAGGGACAGUUCCUGGUCACGUGGCUUAGACGUGGUGGCUCUUACAGCCAGGAGAGCCUGUGUUUCUACUAUUGUUUGUAUUGCUUGUUUGGCACCUAACGUAUGCUGCCGUGUAUUUUGGAUUUUUCUCAUGUAUGUGCCCAUGCCCUGUCGCUUACUAGCCAUGUAACCUUGGGUAAAUAUCCUGAUCUUCAAUUUACUUGUCUGUCAAAUGGAGAUAAUGCUACCUGCCCAGACUAUCAUUGGGUCGUUGUGAGGAUCAAAUGAGAUUCUGUAUGGUUUGUGAACUGUGAAGUGCUACCCAAAUGUAUUCUUUCCAGCUUGACUAUACGCCCCCCCAGGGCAAGCUAUCUGAUCUGCUCCCUCUAUAUCCCCAGGGUCUUGCACUGUGCCCCCAACACAGAUGCACAAUAAAUGUUUAGCGCCAA